UAAAUUCUUGUUGGAAUCCGCGAGUAUAAAGUGCAGCUGAAAAGCGCGCGCGGGCAAGAGAGAGAGAGAGAGUGUGUGUUGCGAGAGAGGAAAAGUUGCAGAGAAAGGAGGAGACGAGAAAGGGUUUUGGUAAAUGUAGACGAGAGUCGGACUUUUCGAUCCAUAAUAACUGGUUCUAUGUGCCAUCGGUUCUUGUUCUUUUCCAUCUUUUUAUCUAGUUUUCGAGAUGUAGUGGCAGUGCAGACACAACUUGAGCCUGGUUCUCUCAUUUCCGCGGCUGUGCUUGCUGACUCUCCCAGUAGUGGGCUUUUUGAUCCUAUAGAAAUAUCACCCGCUGUAAUUCCACAUUAUCCAAUUCCAGCAGAACCGUUGCCACCGAUGUACCCGUCCUUCCCUACCACUUACGAGCCAAUCUUGACUGGGAAAUGCCUUGUAAACUUUUCUGCUAUAUCAAAAAUCAUGGAGAGAACAGCAUAUGACUGUGCUGCACCUUUGGCAGCCCUUGUAGGGAAUGUAAUAUGUUGUCCCCAGGUUAAUAGUUUGCUCCGCAUCUUCCAAGGUUAUUACAGUGUCAAGUCUGAUGAACUGGUUUUGCAUAAGGGAUUGGCCAAUGAUUGUUUUUCGGAUAUUAUUAGUAUAUUAUCCAGCAGAGGGGCAAAUAAUACUAUACCUAAACUUUGCUCCAUAAAUUCAUCGAACCUUACUGGUGGGUCCUGUCCUGUGAAGGAUGCAACCACAUUUGAGAAAAUGGUAAAUGCGAGUAAAUUACUCAAUUCAUGCAGCAAUGUUGACCCCCUUAAGGAGUGUUGUAGACCAAUUUGCCAGCCUGCUAUUAUGGAAGCUGCUCUACGCAUUUCAGCGACAGAAUCAACUAUUUCUGCAAAUGCAGAUGUAACUGGGGAGUCUAAUGGGAUGAAUGUCCUUAAUGAUUGUAAAGGUGUGGUGUACUCGUGGCUUUCAAGGAAGCUGUCAUCAGAUGUGGCCAACACUGCAUUUCGAAUAUUAUCUGCCUGCAAGGUUAACAAAGUUUGUCCUCUGGAAUUCAAGCAGCCUUCUGCAGUAAUCAAAGAGUGCCAUGACUUUGCUGCUCCCAAUCCAUCCUGCUGUAGCUCAGUGAACACUUAUAUAGCGGGGAUACAAAAGCAGAUGCUGAUUACAAAUAGGCAGGCCAUAAAUUGUGCUACGUUGUUUGGGUCAAUGUUACAGAAAGGUGGUGUCAUGACAAAUAUUUAUGAGCUCUGUGAUGUUGACUUGAAAGAUUUCAGUCUCCAGGCAUAUGGUCAUCAAGGGUGUCUGCUUCGAAGCUUGCCUGCAGAUGUGGUGUAUGAUAACUCCACUGGUAUUAGCUUUACAUGUGAUUUGAGUGACAAUAUUGCUGCACCAUGGCCAUCAUCUUCCUCAGUUUCAUCAUUAUCGUUCUGUGCCUCUGAGAUGUCUAUGCCUGCAUUGCCAACUUCAGAAACCUCGGCAAAUCCUGGUUGUUUUUCCAGAGGAUUUGGAUUCCUUGUACCCAUUUUUUGGUUUUUUCUUUCCAAUAUACUGAGCUGAAGACAGUUAGCUGAGGGUCGGGUCCAGCUGGCAGAUGUUAGAAGCCUGGGAUAUUUUAUUCCCGCGUCUGGGUUUCGUGUAAAUUUGAGCCUCCAUUUCUCAUGUAUAGCAUCUUUUUCUU